GUGAGGCCCAGACCGGUACUGCAGCGGGCUGGGCUGCGGGCUGGCGGAGCAGCCGCGGCGCUCGGUGUCGGAUGCAGGCUGCGCUCCGAGAAAAGCCUCGUUGACCACAUCCUGUGAAAAGACUGACGGACGGUCUGCACGAUGCGCUAAGGGUGCGAAGUGAAGUCGUGAGGCAGAAAUGAGUCUGACUUCCUGGUUCCUGGUGAGCAGCGGGGGGACACGCCACCGCCUUCCCAGGGAGAUGAUCUUUGUGGGGAGGGACGACUGUGAGCUGAUGCUGCAGUCUCGCAGUGUGGACAAACAGCACGCCGUCAUCAACUACGAGCCCAACGCAGAUGAGCAUAAAGUGAAGGACCUUGGCAGCUUAAAUGGAACAUUUGUCAACGACAUCCGAAUUCAGGAGCAAGUCUACGUCACGCUGAAAAUUGAAGACAAGCUGAGGUUUGGAUACGAUACCAACCUGUUUACUGUGGUUCGAGGAGAGCUGCUCAUUCCUGAGGAGGCCCUCAAGCAUGAGAAGUUGAGCAGCCAACUUCAGCUGAACCAGAAGAAACCCACAGAGGCAGAAUCCUGCAGAUCCGAGGCGAGACCGAGUGAACCGGCAGCAGCACCGGCGUGUGAUGCAGCCGCGGCCAAACCGUCUGAGCCCAGCAGGACCGACGAGAAGACUACAGGAGACACUGCGAUUCUGCACAGAGGAACACCCCUGUACGGUCAGCCUGCCUGGUGGGGAGAUGAAGAGGCUGAAGAGCAGCAGCAGGGAAGACCCGAAGAAAAGAACUCAGAGCGGAAAAGAGAAAAAGCUGAAGCUGACGCCAAGAAAAGAACAGAAAUCGCAAAACCCAAUACCAACCAAGAGGCAAGUUACUUUGAAAUCCCAUCUAAGGACUCUCCUUCAGCACUAAAAGUGUGCGGAGAACCUUCUUCUCGAGACCAAGAUGGCGGCCCCUCUACUGGUGUAGAGCCUUUGCAUGGCCACGCCUCCUUUACCAUUGAGUUUGACCCCGGGGCUUCAGGCAAAGUGACUGUCAAAGAUCGGGUCGCCAAAGCCGGAACAGAGACUCGGCCACGGCCUAAGAGGUGUGGUGGUGAAGAGCUGAGUCCACUUCAGACCGCCAUGGUAGCAGCAGAAGUGAAAGUGGCGGACUGGCUGGCCCAGAAUGAGCUGCCGUUAACUCUGAAGGACGCAGCUGCUGAGGAUGAUGGGGAAAGUGUGAAGAGUGAUGUUCCUGUGCAGCUGAGAAGCCUCAAAGGAAGCAAACACGAGGACGGCACUCAGAGUGACUCGGAAAAUGCUCUUGGGGAGCAGCGCCGGGCAGCAGCUCUGGAGGAGCGCUCCUGGGGGCUCUGGGGCGACAGCAGGGUGAAGAUAAGAGAGGGUAGAGCAAACGUACCGGAGGGCCUCUUCGCAGAGGAAGACAGUCCUGCUCGCCGUCGCAAACCUUCCUCUUCCAAAGUGGCCAAAGAGUUGGUGGAGAGGCGGCGAGGUUCAGCCCCCCAGCAGCAGAACCGCAGAGACGACUACAGCGACAGAGGAACAUACACCGUUGAGGUGGAGAAUGGAGAGCGGGAAGAAGACGAGGCUAGGAGGCUCAUUGACAAAGUGUUUGGCGUGGACGAUCACAAUGUUUCCAGAUUAGCGAGACUUUCCUCCCAGAGAUCUGCUGUCAAGGACAGAGGACAUCCUGCAUGCUUGAAGACUGAGGCCUUGUCUGAAGAGUUGAUGGUGGGUGGUCCUCGCUGGGUGUCUCAGUGGGCGACUCUGGCUGCCAGUCAUGUCAGGACUGACCCCGAGGGAUCAGGAGGGGAGAACCAAGUCCUGCUCACAGGCGACAGAGCUGAAAUUGGUGAAUCCAGCCGCUCAUCCUCUGGGUAUGCAGAGCGUAAGAGAAGAACCUUACCUCAGCCGCCCUGUGAACCUCUCCCUCUGGGAAGGAGGACUAUGGGAGGGGGUCCACAUACAGAGUUGGGAGAGAAACAGGACACAGAGCUGCAGGAAAAGGAGACCCAGGAGGAGCGGGUGGCCAGAGGGAAGAGCCAGCCUGGCCGUGGAAGUGGAGGUGUGGGCAGUCACAGCAGCAGCCCCAGUCGGUCCUCACCGGCAAAAUCACAGGACAGUGGUGGGGGCAGAUCUGCCAAUCAUCUGCCCCCCCGCCCUCUGACCAGCGGGGAGAAGAGAAUGGAAGAAGCUCGGAGGAGGAGAAAGGAGGAAGAGAAGGCGAGGGACAGCAGUGGGAAGUCUCUCCUGAGGCAGGAGAGUUUCACUGUAGAGAAACCGAGCUCCAACAUUCCCAUCGAGCUCAUCCCGCGUAUCGAUGGCUCCUCGGGUUGCAGAACUCAAACCAAAGAGACGGCCAUCGACUUCUCUGCGCUGCAGAAAGACUCAGAGGCUGUAGCAGCCUUUCUGGAGACCACCGUGUCAGACCAGGGCGACCCCCCGAGUCAGUCCAUUGAGGGCUCCUUGUCACCAGAGUCGGAUGUGGACACCACAAGCACAGUCAGCCAGGCUGAGGGCGCCAGGAAGGUGGUCCAGAAACGGCGCCCCCUGGCAGGACAGCAGAAAGAGAGGACAGUUCUCUGCUCGUCUAACAAGGUUCCCUCUGGGGGCAGGGAGGCUCAAGACCGCAGGAUCAAAGGCAAAACUCCUGCCCCCCAACAGGCAGGCCGUCCGUGGACAUCCCUGGACCUCACUGAUGACGACGUGAACUCAAACUCUCUACUGUCAGACCCACAGCCCACCUCCACACAGCAGCCUAGAGGUUUGGUUCCGAGAGCCCAAACUGCAACAGCCAGCACCAAAUCCAGCCGGGCUAAGAUGACGCAACCCCCACCUUCCUCUGGAACCAGCAAAGCCACUAAUGCCCCCAAGCCCAGGCCCACCAGGACUUCCCUGCUUAGACGAGCCCGGUUAGGGGACUCCUCGGACACCGAGCCUGCUGAUCUAGACCGCAUGUCAGUGGCCUCUGAGGCGUCGACGGCCAGCUCCACUUCCAGGACCGGGAUGGCAAAAAGAGGCAUGUCCAGAAUCGAGGCUCUCGCACAGCCCAGACGGCCGAGAGUGGGAUCCCCGUCUGCUCAGAGUGACUCUGAGGCCACCGUGACGAGGGGCCGAGGUUUGGGGAGCCGCAGCGUAGCUGCAGAAUACACCUUCAAACAUGGAGCCAGGGGGUCCAGUUUGACCUCAGUGUCUGGACCCAGAGCCAGAGCCAACAGCGCCUCCAAGCUUCCAGAUAAAGGCAAAGGAAUCUCCUCUUGUGCACACGUCACACCUGCCUCCAGAACUCGAUGGCGCCGCCUUCCCAUGGAGUACGCUUCCACUUCUGAGGACGAGUAUGGAUCCAACCGCCACGUGUCCAAGCAGGGGCCAAUUCCUUCGACCAGGGUGGCCCAGUUAAGUGGUUCUGCGCCAGCAACCCCGAAUCCUGCAGGGAUUGCCGGCCUGAGGCAGAACUCCAGAGAUCAGGAUGAGUACAUGAGAGACUGGACCACCCACAGCGAGGAAAUCGCAAGGAUUAGUCAAGAUUUAGCCAAAGACUUGGCCAUGUUGGCCCGAGAAAUCCACGAUGUGGCCGGAGAGAUCGACUCGGUCAGCCCUGCAGCCACCGACCCUGCAGCUCGGAUGGAAGAGCCUUUAUUUGAGGACAGCUUAGACGCGGGUGGUGUCUUGACGGAAUCCUGUGGCAUCAUGGGAACCAACGGUCAGUCUGUGGAGCUUCGCCAGCGAGGCUUGGGCGGGCCGAGCUCCCGCUCCAUCCGCAGACAGACGUGGAACAGAGAUGAGGCUCUCCUCGACGGCCUCCUGCUGGCUUCUGUGACUCAACUCUCCGCCAGAAUUCGUCAGUCUGUGGACAAAACUACGUGCAAAAUCAGGAUCCUCUUCAAAGAUAAAGAACGCAAAUGGGAGGAGAUUGAGUCGAAGCUCCAGGAAGAACACGACUCCCUGCUGCUCAAGAGCUCCAACAAGGAAGUUUCAUCCAUCGUUGAAGACCUGCAGAGGGUGGAGACCCAGCUGGCAGUAAUUGACAUGAUGGUGGACCCCGAUGGUACACUGGAUGCCUUAUCCAAUCUGGGGCUGACCAGUCCCCUUGCUGACCAAAGGACCGGCCCGGGAACUCUGAUGGAGGCGUCGACGUUGGAUCCUGGAUCUGCGUCCUCCAGCACAGCACUCAAAGGACUGUCUGAAGCCCACAGGUCAUCAGAGGCCACAGACAGAGACACACGGCCACCGUCCAUCUCUUGAUCCUACGAACUGAGCGAAGGACACCAGUCCUGCAUGUAAGAACGGUUCUGAAGCCUCUGAACCAUUUUGUCAUGUCACGUCAAAAGGGUCUGUUUUUUGAGUUAGUUUGAGACUGAGAGGACAGCAAUGCCGGACUUCAACUCAGAAGCAGGAAGAUCCUUUUUGGAUUCACUGACAGUGUGAACUGCUGAGCAUUGAAAGGAGCGGCUUAUAUCAACUCUUUGGUGUUUUUGUACUGCAGCUCAUUCUUAUUAUCCAUCAUCCCUCAAUAUUUGAUAAAGUUAAAUUGUCACAUUUCAAAUAUAUGUCACCUUCAGUACAAUCCUGUUUAAAAUUCUGAUUGUGAACCUUUGAAUCCUUGUUUGUGACAAAAGUCAGAAACUUGUAUUAGAAAAAGUCUAAAUAAAUGUCCUUCUGCGCUGCCAUAUAUUAUUCAAAGCAUAAAUAUAUAUAUAUAUUUUUUUUUUCCUGUAAUUCUUUCAGAAGAAACCCUUUAAAACGUUUUUGUUUCCUUCUUAAACCUUAUUUCAUGUCCAUUCAAACUAAUGCAUAAGACGGAAACCCAAGUGUAGCUUCAGAAAAGUUUGUUUUCCAUAUUAGACUGUCACAAGUGCCCAAACAAUCACAGAGUGGAGGGAAAAGGACAAGUUUAUGUGUUUGCACUUUUAACAGAGGAAUCUCCUUUCUGAGGCAGAGCGUGCUGCUCCACGCUGUAUUCACACAAAAGCAGAGUCUGAGAGCAGCUGUUGCAACGCAAAUGCUUCAAAAACAUCCUUCUGAUGACAGACGUGUUACAGUAGUGUCAGACGGGGACCACACGCUGCAUUUAUCCAUUCAAAUGCAACAGAUCGUUUAUGAUCAGCCGAGUUCCUCAUGUUGGAGUUUACACUUGAAUGUAACCUGACAGAUUUUCGCCGAAAGAGCUUUAAUAUGUCUGGAUAGCUGUAUUUUGUGUUGGCAUAUGGAGAUCCGUUUGUUUUGUAUAACUCUUUUUUUUAUUAUUGUUGUUGGGUUAAAUAUUGACCUUGCAAUAUGUCCUUGUUUGUCCCAUUUUCAAUAAAAUGCAUGAUGACUGGGA